AUGAAAGAUGAGAAUGGUGAAGUAAUUGACGAAACGCUGAUCCCUAAUGCCUUUAAUAAAUACUUUGUUGAACUAGGGGGAAAACUUGCGAAUAAAAUUCCUCAAUCGAAAAUUUUACCGGAUAGUUUUCUCAGUGAUGUACACCAUCCAGCUAAUGGGCUCCCUAGCUUUCAAGAAAUUUCAGAAAAUGAUGUUUUGACUCUACUUCAUGGUUUAGGCCCCAAUAAAGCAUCGGGAAUCGAUGGUAUCUCCUCUCAUAUCUUAAAAAAUUCGGCAGCAGUUAUUUCACCAUCCCUAACAUCAAUAUUCAACCAGUCAAUCUUAACAGGCAUAUUUCCCAAUGAUUGGAAAAUCGCUAGAAUUACUCCGAUCUUUAAGUCUGAAGCUAAAGAUGAAAUGACAAACUACAGACCAAUAUCCGUUAUAUCAGUAGUUGCCAAAAUUGCAGAAAAGCUGAUUUAUAACCAAAUCUAUAAUUAUUUACAUAACUAUAAUCUACUUUCAAACUCCCAACACGGAUUUAGACCACUUCACUCAACUGUUACAGCAUUACUGGACAUAACCAACAAGUGGUAUACAAAUAUUGACAUUGGGAAACUAAAUGGGAUUGUAUUUCUGGAUCUGAAAAAAGCAUUCGAUACUGUCAACCACAAUAUACUCUUAGACAAAAUAGCAACUUAUGGAAUAAAGGGAACGGCACAUCGCUGGAUGGAGUCGUAUCUAUCAAAUAGGACCCAGUGCUGUUGUGUGAAUGGCAAACUAUCAAGUCCAUCAAUUAUGAAAACAGGCAUACCUCAGGGUUCUGGUUUAGGCCCAUUGUUAUUUCCAAUUUACAUCAAUGAUUUACCAAAAUGUUUAAACGCCGGGACAAAACCAGAUAUGUUUGCGGAUGAUACCCAAAUUGCAACAUCAAGUGACGAUAUCAAAGUUAUCACUGAAACAUUAAAUAGAGAUUUAAACAAUGUUGCAAAUUGGCUGUCCGCAAACAAAUUAACUCUGAACAAUAGUAAAAUCGAAUAUAUGAUAAUUGGUUCCAAGAAAAGGCUUAGUCAAGUGACUGCCGAUCCUGCUAUCAGUAUAGGUAACUUAGAAAUUAAUCAUUGGGCCUAA